AGGACGACACAACUUAAAGUGAGCGGGCGGGCGGGCGGGUGAGCGAGAUGGGGUGAGCAAACGAUUCAGAAUCCCCUCCCAUCCCAGAAAGAAAAAAGAAAACAAACACGGAUUGGGGACUUGGACCGGGCGAUCGCGAAAGGAGCUUGAAAGUUGAAGUUGCAGGGUGGGUGCGUGGGUGUCAAAUGAAAAAAAAAAAUCAUGAUGCUUUAAAUAGUCCAUUGCAUGCAACAAAAACAAAAACAAAUAAAUGAACUCUCAAACUCUCAAACUCGAAUUGUGAAGAAACCGAUCCCUCAUCCGAAGGCAGCACACGCUCUUUCGACAAUCUCACGCUGGGGCUGGGGCGUACACGAAAAAGUGGACGGUCGGGUCGAGUAUACGUAUACGGAAUCACUGAAGAAAAAGAAAAUUGAAUAUGAAUAUAAAGAAAUUGAAUUGGAAAGAGAAGAGAGAUGGAGAGAAAGAGGAGAAAAAACAUUCUAAAGAGCGAUUGUGUUGUGGUUGGGUUCAAUGGUUGGUUCAAACAAGUAGACAAGCAAGCAAACGAAGGAAAAAGGAAAACAAUGCGAAACAUAAAGAAAGAAAGGUGGAAGUAACAUUAAAGAAGAACAGUGUAAAAGAAAAGAAAAAAGAAAAUCACAGACAUCCUCGCGACCGACCGACCAAUUCGAACUUCGAACCCGAAGCAAGAAUGAAAGUCGGACCGCCAAGAACGAAUCCGCGAAUAUUGUACGUUACGUUACGCUACGCCAUACGCCACUUUUUAACAAUACAACGCGACACCAGAAUACCAGACCCGUACCGCGCGCGGGAGAGAGUUGAGUUUGAGUUUGAGUGAGUGAUUGGGG